CACCCUGUACAUAACCUCAGAUAUCUCAAAAUCCUGACGUGGUGGUCCAAUUCUGAGCUCGGAUUAUGAUUCUACGCAGAAAAUUAUUUCGGAAAUGACUCCCAGCUGACUUGUAAAAUUUUAAAGUUGAAAUGGAGACGGCAAUCGUAACCGAAAAAAGACCAUUAAAAGGGAAAUUAUCCCUUAACAAAUCCCCAAAAUCGGAAACCUCCGAAAUCACGGUAAAAGAAUUUUUGGAUUUCCUAAAAACCGCUUAUCAAGUCCAAGAGAACAUCGAGGGCAUCUUAAAGAACGAAGGGCACACGGAAAUCGUCGAUUGGUUAGAAUUGAAACAAAAUAACUUGAUUAAACCGAAAGAUAUCGCAAUACAAACGUCAGAUAUAAAAGUAAACGCCACCGAAAAGAAACAGCCCCUACAGUAUUUCGAAAUUUGCAACAACGAAUCGGUCGAAAUCAAACGGAAAUUAAGCGAAAUAUUAUCAGAAGGAAUCUUUGAUAGCGUACUAUCGUUUUUGGUGCCUCAAAAUAUAUCCAACAUCCAACGAAGAUCAUCGAUCGCCAAGAUGCAAGGAUGCUCGGUUAAUUUUAACCAAGAAUUCGAAAAAAAUCCCGAGAAAUUAUCAAAAAGCAAAUCGAUGGACACCUUAAGUUUAACCUCAAAAUUAAUUUUAACACCAAUUAAAGCCGAUUCGGAAGUCGAANGCUAUCACGGCCGGUGUUAA